GGGGUUAAUUCGGCAUGUUGGUCAAGGUUGCUGCAACUACAACAUGGCUUUUCAUAAACUAGGAAUCCAGGCGGAGACCAGUCCCAGCUUGUUAUACCUCCGGUGGAUCUGUAGAUGGUAGUACAUAAUUGGAGGAGGAAGUCACUACUUUUAAAGAUUCAAAUACUAUAUCUUCCUGAUCAGCCCUUUGGUGAAGAUGAUGCAGCACUCUCCUCUUCUCAAAAUACAUGAUCAUGUCAAAGAUAGUAAUAAAGCUCUCAAAGUUAGGCAGAAUGCCCCUAAUGUCUGCUUGGAAUGUACAGAAGUCCAUUUUCAAGAAACAUAUCCUUGCAGCACAAUCAAAAGUGGUGGAUCAUCCAAAUACUAUCAUACUUGUGGAACAUGACCCCGUGUACACGAUAGGCAUUCGGCAGAAAGGGUAUACUGCAAAUGACGAGGAAAGACUGAAGAGGCUGGGAGCAAAGUUUCAUUGCACAGACCGUGGAGGAUUGAUAACAUUUCAUGGGCCAGGGCAGCUGGUUGCAUACCCCGUGAUAAACUUGAAGGAUUUUCGACUUGGAUUAAGAAACUAUGUGUGCAAUCUUGAAAAAACUAUCAUAAAUAUGUGUGCUGGUUUUGGAGUGGAAGCAAUUACUACCUGUGAUACAGGAGUCUGGGUGCAGGAUAAAAAGAUUGCAGCAAUAGGUGUUCAUGGGAGCAGGUUCAUAACAACUCACGGUGUCGCCAUCAACUGUAAUACUGACCUUGCAUGGUUCGACCACAUUGUUCCAUGUGGUAUAGAUGGAAAAGGUGUUACAUCGCUGUCCAAAGAGCUUGACAUAGAUGUUGGUAUAGACGAUGCUGUUGGGCCAUUCCUAAAAGCAUUUGCAGAAGUCUUUCGUUGUGAUAUUGAGAAACAGUGAAAUUUGCUGAGAAAUGGAAGGCAGGGAAUUCAUGCAAUAUACUUCACAUAAUUAUUGUGGCUUUAUAAUAUAGCGUAAUAUUUUAAA